AUGUCCUCUCACAACAACAACAACAACGCAACGCGUCGACCGCGGCCACCACACCAUCACCAUACUAACUUCCCUCCCCAAACCUACGCCGACCUCACCACAUCAGACAUGCAACUCCUCGCUUUCCUCUUCAGCCAUCCCCCACCCCCUUCUUCUUCUUCCUCUUCCUCUUCCUCUUCCGCCCAAGCAGUAGCAGCCUACGAAUCCCACAUCCGCACCCUCAUCACCACAACUCUCCCUCCCCAUCUCCUCGCCAAAAUCCCUCUACUGAAUACAGGUUUUUGUCACUUGCAUCGAAAAUUAAACGGUUUAGUUGUGGAGAGUCUUCUUGAGGUGAUGUUUGUCGGUGUGGGAAGAAGACAUGAUGACGAGGGAAAAAAGGAUAAGAAGGAUAAAUGUCCAGGUUGUGUACUUGCUCGGUUAGUAUUAUCGUCAUCAUCAUCGGGUUAUGAUAAUAAUGAUAACAAACAAGAAGAUUGGGCGAAGUGGGGAGGAAGAGUGAUUUUUUCGAUUUCGAAGAAGAAAUGGAAAGGUUCGAAGAGGAUUCGAUGGAUGGAGGAGUGGUUUGCUGCUGCUGUGGUGUCGGGGUGUAAAGAGGAUGGUAGUAGGGGGAAGAGAAGGAGCGAUGAGUCUCUGGCGAAAGUUGUGAAGCCAAUGUGGGAUGUGGCUUUGGAGCUGUAUCGACAGGGACAACAAGAAUACUCUUCUUCCUCGCGCAGAAUCGGUGGGGAGAGAGAUUAUAUUGAUCGGUAUAUUGAAGCUGCGGGGGAUGUGGAUCGUGCCAGAGGAGAACGAGAAGCGUGUGUUGCUACGCCGCCGCAGUCUGCUGCUACUGCUGCUGCUGAUACGUACAUGGAUUGUAUCGCGCGUGAUGCUGGUCCAUCAUGCUGGGAUGAAUCUGUUGUUGAGACGCCGGAUGCACGCGUCCUGCAGACACCACGGCAUACUCCUCCACAGGCGUCUUCGAUCUACUCGCGGAUGGAAGACGGGGAGCCGUUUCGACAAGCUGAAAUGCCUUUCUGUGCUCCCCAUGAAGGCCUCCGACUGUCUCGUCAGUCACAGCAUGCGAGGCGUGUUCUGACGCCUUCAUCGAUCUACUCCCGAGAGCAAGACUUCGACUGCUAUGAGGAGGAGGAUGAGGAUGAUUGGGACUAUCGUGGAACUGCGGAGAGCCAGAUCAUCGAGUCCUACAGGCGGUAAGUAUUGUAGGUGUGAUCCAUGGAUAUGGUGGAUGGUAGGCCCCUCAUUAGACUUAGUUCAGCGGACCCAAUCAAUCUUUCUCUUUCAACACCUGUUGCAGUACUUUUCCCAGCUGCUCAUAGCUGAUAUCUCCCUCGAAUGUCGACGCCGUCGUGGCAUAAGCGCGUCUCAUGUCAUCCUCACUCACUCUCACAAUCCAGCCCGUGCUAGUGACCAUCGUGAGUGCACCAUCAACGCCUUUUCCCAGUACUCCCGCCGCGUUCAACACUUUUUCAAGUGAAACAUCAUCAUGAUCGCCACCCACGUCUCUCGCCACAUCAAACAGAUUGCACAUUCUACUUUCCCCCAGCUCCUCUCUCACGAUCCUAACAGCCCUUUCUCUCCUCUGAAUUUCUUCCUCUCGCUGCCUGCGUUCCUGCUCUCUCCGCUUCUCACGUUCCUUUGCUUUCUUCUCCUCCAAUUUAGCCUCGUUCGCUUUGCGUCGGGCCUGUUCCGCAGCCUGUGCAGCUUCCCUCUCAGCAGCACCUUCGGCAUCACGCGCACGUUGAACAUCUCCCUGAGAGCGUUGGAAUUCGUGAUAUGCGCGUCGUUGGUCCUUUUUGGCCAGAGAUUUGGCUUUCUUGGCGCCUAUAUUGCGAUGCUGUGGAGGCACACGAGCUGCCGCGGGAUUCGCGGGGCCUGCUUCGACUGGUGGAUCGACAGGUGCAUGAUCUCGCAAGGGAGGCAUUUGGUCAUUGUUGUUUUCAUCGUGGGCGCCUUCAUUGCCACCUGGGAACUGUCGGACAUGGUCGUCCUCAGGUUCUAUGACAUCGUCCACACCGGGCUGGUGAAAUGCCCCGUUUUCCGGAAUUGCGGGCUCAUCGUGAAUCUGCCGUCCUUCUUGUUCUGUGGCGCCUUGUCUUCGUUGCUCGAGGUGUUGUUGGAUUUGUGGCGCAUAGUACAGAAGUACCGCCAGAAGGCCGAGAUGAACCACGUCUUGAUAGACUGGAGUUCCAGGUGUGGCAAAAGGAAGGAGCCUAUUC